AUGCUGGCGAUUCUAUCGGUCCUCACCGCGGUCAACCAGGGCAUUUGCUACUCGUACGCACCCAUUGCUGGCAUCGUCGAGAAGCGGUGGGAGGAAAGAGUCCAUUCAACGGAGCUGAUCACCGUCUACUUCAUCUCGUACAUCCCGUGCUCCUUCAUCGGCUCGUGGAUCAUGGACAAGAAGGGAUUACGAUACGGCGUACUACUCGGCGGACUGCUACAAGCUCUUGGUGCGGGGUUACGCUACUUCGCGUGCGCUUUUCACCCCGCAGGAGAAGCCUACGUGACGCUGGUGGGCCAAAUCCUGGCGUCCGUCGCAAUGCCCUUCAUGGUCAACUCGCCCGCUGUGUUGUCCGCCAAUUGGUACCCGCCUUCAAUGCGUGCGACGUCCACCAGCGUCGCAGUCAACGCCAACGCCAUGGGCACUGCCUUCGUGUAUCUCACGGCUCCGUUCAUCGUGCUCAGCAGCGACGACGUCCCGUACUGGAACCUGUACGUGGCGUUGGUGGCGACCGCGUCGUGGGUCGUGGCCUUCUUCUUCUUCCAGUCUUUUCCAAGGACAGGCGUGGCUCAGUCCAUUGUCUCCGACGUCCAGCUUCGAGACGAGUACGACUGGGCACAAUGGGCCACUGCGUUCACACACAGUGGCUUCUGGCACACCGUCGUGGCCUUCUCGGUCGCUGAGUGCAUUCUGAACGCCAUGUGCGCGCUGCUGGGAAAGUUUCUGAGCGUCGCGCGCUUCUCCAAGUCGCAGAUCGGGAUCGUAGGCGCUGCCUUCAUCGUCAGCUCCCUCAUCGGGGGACAGGUCAUCAGCCAGUACGUGGACAGGAAGCGCAACCACAAGACGGCGCUGCAGCUCUGUCUGCUGCUGACGGCGGUCGCCGUCGCCUCCUUCCGACUCGUGCCCAAGGUCAACGUCCACGCGACGCUCGUGAGCUUGAUGUUCCUCGGAGCUGUGCUCGGUCCGCUUCAGCCGAUCGUGCUGGAGCUGGGGGUCGAGUGCGCGUACCCGACCAGCGAAGCCACGGUCGCCGCGCUGCAGCAGCUCUGCGGCAACUUCUUGUCGGCCAUUGUCGUGCCUGGCUUGAGUGCGCUCCGAAGGACGCACGUGGAUUCAACGGGCCACGUGCCACCCAGAAACUUUUACGCCAGCCCCGAGUGGGUCAUGGUCUUCAUGACAACCGCCACCUUCGUCGUCUUCUGCUUCUUGUACGUAGAUCCUCUUCGAGCUACCUCUGCUCCACCUUGUACUAACGUUGAUGUCUCUCUGCAUCUGCAGCAACGGCACGUACAAGCGCUUCGCCCACGAGUCCAAGAAAGCCAGCGGUCGAAGCAGCAACAAGGAGCACGUUCUCAUCACGAGGACGUCCCGAGACACCGGGAGCUUCUUCUGAUAGUCCGCACCCAUCCACCGACGUCGCUAAUAACUAAUCCAUCGCUCUAA